UUAAUUUCACUAGGCAGGCACAGAAGACCCAUUCAAAAUAUUUAAAAUAGUGUAAUGUUGGCUGAACAGCAACAGUCCUGUAAGACAAAGUAAACACCACCACACAGUUAAUCUGUCUUUCCAUAUAACGUCUCAGAAAGGAGGAUGACUCCAAAAAAGGAGGAUGACUAAAGAUGGUUGCAGCAACCAUGAUGCAGUAUGAAGACAUCAGUCUUCAGUCUGCGUUGACUGAAAGUGUUUGUACCACCAUGACCGUUAUGUAAUACUGGAAGGUUCUUGAAAAUGGGAGACUUGGCACUCCUUAAAUUGAUUGCUUUUUUUUUUUUUGUUACAAAUGUUUUUCUUCCCAUCAAUAGCAUUUGCUAUAUAGAAAACACAUCCUAUAUUUUUGUCUGUACAGUUAAAAUUCCUAAUUCAUCAUUCAUACCUAAGUCACCAAAGCCAGGAUGAUACAAAGCCUAUAAAUUUCCUUGGAUGAAAUUUUAUUAUUAUUUUGUUAUAAGGGAAAUAGCCACCACACACAAACAUGUCAUACACUUUUUAAAAAAAUGUAUGCCUCCUUUCUGUUUUUUGGCAGAGUACUGCCCAUAUAACUCAGCUGGCUGUAGUCAUGCUUAGUGGAAGAGUUCUUGUGACCAGUAUAUGGAAAAAUCAAGAUUGCAACAGAAGCUAAGUUCUGCUUUCCACAUUCAUUACAGUUGUGACUACAGACUCCUGGGGAGAAGGUGACCUUGUAUCUGUGUUUGAGACAUAUUGACUCCAGGGCAUGGCUGGAGCUAAGGACCUCCUUCUUGUUGGCUACUUAUUAUCGGGUGCUCUUUGCAGUGAACGUACAAUCACAAUGCCUGAGUCCAUAGAGGCUCUGAAUGGUUCCUGUGUGCUGAUUCCAUGUACAUUCAGCAUCUCUAAAAAUGAGGAAUAUCACCUGAAAAAUUCAGCCGGUGGAGUUUGGAUUAAAAGCAUUCCACAGUUUGCUCAGACCACUGUUGUGUUUAACAGCAGUCAAACUCAUAAUAUUCUGUCAGGGGAAAUAGUUGGAGAUUUGGUUCAGAAAAAUUGUACUACAGUCCUGGACAAGAUCACAAAAGAUUAUACAGAUAAAUACUUCUUCAGAAUUGAGACAACUUCCUAUGUGGCAACAUUUCGUGCAACACCAGUCUACAUUGCUGUCAAAGGCUCUCCACAAAAACCCAAAAUAACUAAACUGAAGGAGCUGAAUGAGGGCACACAAGUGGAUUUGAAAUGUACAGCUGCAGCCCCAUGCAACAAACAUCUCCCAGUCUUGGCAUGGACCCCCAACCUAGGGAACAUUGGACAUGAGCUCCAGGAGAAUUCAAAUAAAAUCAAAUCAGUUUUAUCUGUCCUUACCUUUACUCCUUCACACUUCCAUCAUGGGAAGAACAUCACCUGCUCUGCAGAAUACACACUACAAACCGGGAGCAAGAUUAAGGUGGCGGACAAUAUAACCCUCAAUGUUCUGUUCCCUCCAAAGAAUACAAUGGCCUCCAUAAGUCCAUCUGGUCCACUGGUCAAUGGCAGCCAUGUGACUCUGACCUGCAGCAGCUCAGCAAACCCUCCAGUGAAUAAUUUCACCUGGUUUAGAACCACAGGGAGUCGGGUCACAAAGAGCGGCUCUGGACAGACACUCACCUUCAAUGUAAGCAGCGAUGAUGCGGGCUGGUACUACUGUGAAGCUCAGAAUCAACAGGGAAAACAGGAGUCUGGAAAAGUGAAUCUGACAAUAAAAGAUAUAUGGGAGCCCUUGUCGCCUGCAGUGAUUGGAGCUGUUGCAGGAACUUUGGGGGUGCUGUUGGCAUGUCUACUGUCCCUGUUAUUCUGGAGGCUGAGGAAAUCCAGAGAGUCAUGUGUCAGUAUAAGGAUGACAAGCAGAGAAGGACAGGGAAAUCCUUCCUUCGACCCCAGCAAAGCAGACAACACCAGGGAGACAACAGCAGUCUCAGAAAGCCAGCAUGAAGAGGUCCAGUAUGCUGAAAUCUCCAACCUGAGUGCCAAAGAAAAAGGCAAGAGGGACAAGGGACAGGAAAUAGAAUAUGCUGAGGUCCGAUUUCCAGAAAGAAAGGAAAAGGCUCCAACAGAGGAGAUUUAUGAAACGGUUAAGCCAAAGCAUCACCCUUAAUGGAAAUACAUUCCUGCUUCAUGUCCGGCCAGUCUAUAUCCUUCAAAAACCUGGUGUCCUCUGUAGGGACAUGCGUCUCUGGUCUUCAGAACCAAUUGUUCAAGGCAUGUCCAUUAAAAAUAAAAAAAUUUAAAUAAAUGUUUUCAUUGCA